AUGGCGGACCAGAAUGAGAGCGUGCAGCAGCGGAUUCAGAUAGCGCGUCGCGAUGCCGAAGCUCUCAAAGACCGCAUCAAGAGGAAGAAGGACGAGCUGGCAGACACAACCCUGCGCGAUGUCGCGAAACAACGCACCGAGCAGCUGCCGCGACUGACAAUGAAAACGAAACGCACUCUGAAGGGACAUUUGGCCAAGAUCUAUGCGAUGCAUUGGUCGACGGACCGGCGACACCUGGUUUCGGCCUCGCAGGAUGGGAAGCUGAUCAUCUGGGAUGCUUAUACAACCAACAAGGUACAUGCUAUUCCCCUUCGCUCCUCAUGGGUCAUGACGUGCGCAUAUWCGCCGAGUGGAAACUACGUGGCGUGUGGUGGUUUGGACAACAUAUGCUCCAUCUACAAUUUGUCGGCAAGGGAAGGACCGACUCGUGUGGCCCGGGAAUUGAGUGGGCACUCUGGCUACCUCAGCUGUUGCCGCUUUAUUAACGAUAGGCGCAUACUGACGUCCUCUGGAGACAUGACCUKCGUGCUGUGGGACAUCGAGACUGGUCAGAAGAUCACGGAGUUUGCAGACCAUCUUGGAGAUGUGAUGAGCCUGAGCAUCAACCCACUGGAUAACAAUCAGUUUGUUUCUGGCGCUUGCGAUGCGUUCGCCAAGCUUUGGGACAUUCGCCAGCAGAAGUGCAGUCAAACUUUUGCUGCACACGACUCAGACAUCAACGCCAUCCAGUUUUUCCCCAAUGGCAAUGCCUUUGGUACUGGUUCAGACGAUGCAUCGUGUCGGUUAUUCGACAUUCGCGCAGAUCGCGAACUUCAAAGCUACACAAUUCCUGAACCUGUCUGCGGCAUCACAUCUGUGGCAUUCUCUGUGUCUGGUAGAUUACUGUUCGCUGGCUACGACGACUUUGAAUGCAAGGUUUGGGACACCCUUCGUGGUGAGCGGGUCGGAACACUACAAGGACACGAUAACCGUGUGAGCUGCCUGGGCGUGAGCAACGAUGCCAUGUCACUGUGCACAGGCUCGUGGGAUUCAAUGUUACGUAUCUGGGCAUGA